UUUAUAUAUUUUGCUCAUUACAAUUCGCUCCUCCUCGGUCUGGAAGGAAACUUUUAUAUACUUCCCCCUUUCGACUUUUAUCGGCCGAUCUCUUUCUCGUAUUUUCUCGCUGAUUUUCGCUCCCGCCAAACAAUCCCCUAUCUCUCCCUCCACAACUCUGAAAUCCCUUGAUCGCUGUCCAUUCCUUCUCUCCCCUCACCGAUCUCUUUUGCACUACUCACUGCAUCUGGUGGGUUAGUUGGCUUUCUGCGUGCAUAAAUGUCAAUUGCAAAACUCAAAGCCCCAAACACUAUUGAUGUGAUGAGGUCAGAGGAGGGAAAUGAUUCUGUAGAUACCUUUAGCAGACAAGCAAGUGGAAAAGAACCCUUUCUUUCUUUCUCAAGGGCUGGAGACAGCCCAGUCCAGUGGAUCCAAUGGCUCCAUGCCUUGGAUCAGCAAGAGUUACCAGGUUGGCCUUUGCUUACUCCUUUAAAGAUACAGAUGCAGACGUGUGACAAGUGUUCUCGUGAAUUUUGUUCACCAAUUAACUAUAGGAGGCAUAUACGUGUGCAACAUCGAUUGAAAAAGCUUGAUAAGGAUUCUGCCAAAAAUAGGGAUCUAUUGAGAGCAUUUUGGGAUAAGCUUUCUUUGGAUGAGACAAAGGAAAUUGUAUCUUUUAAGAAUAUGGCGUUAGAGGAAGUUCCUGGGUCUUCUAUAAUUAAAUCAUUGACUACACUUGUAAGGAAACCAGGAUUCUCUUCUCUGCCACAAGUUUGUUUGAGGGCCGGUUCUGCUCUUUUGGAUAUUAUCCAAGCGCGAACUUCCAGGUUUCCUUUGACUUCACAGGAGCUAUUCAGUAUACUUGAUGAUGCUAGUGAAAAUACUUUUUUAUGUGGGACUGCUGUGUUAAUGCAAAGAUAUAUUUUUGAUGGAGAAGCUGGAAAGAUUGCCCUUGAACCAAAGAAUUUAGUUGCUUGCACCAGCUUUUUGGUGGAACAGAAAUUGGUUAGGGCGUGGCUUGCUGACAAGGAUGCUGAAGCUUUAAGGUGCCAGAAAUUACUUGUGGAGGAGGAAGAAGCAGCUCAAAGAAGGCAAGCUGAGCUUUUGGAAAGGAAAAGGCAGAAAAAGCUUAGGCAGAAGGAGCAGAAAGCAAAGGAGCAAAAACUAGAGGACGAUGGGGAUAAGGAGAGUAUUGACAAUACACAAGAAGCUAGGCCUCGAGCAGAAACAUGCAGCUCUUUGGCUGCAUCUGAUUCUGAUUCUCAGAACCCAGAUUCAGUGCCAUAUAAUAUUCCUUCUUCUCCUGAACCUUCCCCAAAGACAAACACAUAUGAGGAUAUGGAGCAUGAGACAGUUGGAUUUGACAUCCUAGUUACUGGUCAGAUCAUUGAACGACGGACACGGCAAGGUAGUGGUCCUCCUAGACAUACAGUAUUUUCUCGUUGGCAGGUCCAACAAAAAUUUCAACGGAGUCAUUUGCCCAAUGGUUUCCAUGCGAGUCAGAACUCUCAUACCCAAAAGCUUGGGGCCAUGCAGAAGCAUGGAACUCAAAGGGAUUCAGGGGCUGCUCCAAUUUUCAGUGGCAACAAAGUUUGGAGUCGAAAGCCUAAACCAGAAAAUGGAGGGGAAAGUUUGAAUAGAGUACAGAAAGAAGUAUCAAAUAGGUCAGACCAGAAUAGGAACCAUGAAGUGUUGAUUGGCUCCAUAUCUGUCACCCUUGGAAAUGGUAGCCAUCAUGAGGGUAACAGUGCGGCUGGAGUUUUAGAUGAUUCCCUUGCAGAUGAUCAAAUGCAAAAGAAGAGCAAUCUUCAAGAGAAGCCAGCUAAAUCGGAAUCUGCUCAAGGUAGUACUAAUAGGUCAAUUGUGAAGCUUUGGAGGCCUGUCAGCCGGAGUGGAACUAAAGGUGCCAUUCCUGUAGAAAAUCGUGGAAGAGAAUCUGAAGCAGAUACCCUUGCUGAAAAGGGUGAGAAUAAGUCACUGUCUGCCAUAAAUAACGAUAAUGUUGAAAUAGAGAACGGCUCUGCCCCAAAAGGGGGAGGCUUGUUUUCAGGAGGAUUGCAGUUCUCAAGCCAGGAUGCAAAAGAUUUUCUUGCAAAGAGGUGGAAGGAGGCUAUCGCAGCUGAGCAUGUGAAAUUGGUACUGGAUCCUGAUUUUGGGCAUUCAGAAUGUACCGAGGAGGUGCAAAAUUAUUGUGAAGUAGCAGCGUCUCAAGCGUCAGAAGUUAACAGGCACAGUGUUCUUGGCAAUGUAGAGAACGGAUUGGUUAAUGUUGGGGCUCUUGAUUCUGCGGCUCCAGGGCCUACAAAAGUCAAAUCCAGAACAAAGCCGGAAAAGGGUGUGAAGAUGAUGUAUAUUCCAAAACAGAGAGGCAUCGCCUAAUAAGAAUGCAAUAAAGAUUGGAUUGAUUUGAUUAUACAAUGUGCACAGGUUGACGACAGUCUAUUAUAUUCUUAGCAGAGGUUCCAGUUUUAUCCCACGGGUCUUCUGUCCCAGAUCUGAAGAAAGGUUUUGCAGAUUUUUUAUUUUUUAAAUUCUGCCCUUUUUAAUUGAAACUGUCAUGGGAGAUUGAUCAUUGAGGUAUUUUUUGGCUUAGUCUUCUUAAUUUUAUGUAAUAGAAUUAGUUUUCCAGAUUUUCCGAGAGUUCCUAGUAAGGUUAUUCAUUUUCAUUGGUUCCAA